AUGAAGACAUCAUCUGUCGUUGUGGGGACAUUGCUGUUGAUUUUUAUCAAGAUCAGGAUCACACAGGGGCAGCAGCUGCAACGUAAGUGACGCACCGUCUGUUUCUCCUUUGACAUGUAUACAUAAAUUUGUCUGAAGAAUUUAUGAGUCUAACGUUAACGUAAUGGCAGUAUAGCAUGUGUAGUGGCAGUAUAGCGUACUUUGCAAUCAGGGUUUUAACUGUUACAUAGUUCCCGCAUGUAUUUUCCUUCUUCGGAAUGUAGCGGUUUCAUAUACGUUUAUGAUAUCAUUUUGCAGGAUUUAAACAUGGCGGCAGCAUAAGUUUCCUCGGUGGCCUAUAACUUUGAUAGAUAGUGAUUUAUAACUUUAAGAAUGUCCUAUGAAUUAUAAAAGAGUCGACCGGCAGUAUUUCUGCACAAUAUCCAAGGUUUCAUUUCAAUUGGAAACCGUUCCUGUGUCUUAGUGUCUUAGUUCGUUAAAUAAUAGGCUUGCUUGAUAAUUACUUUUCGAAUAUUCAAUACCGAUAAGGAAAAAAAUUUCUUUUUUAAUUAAUCUUCUGGAUUUGAGUCGCAACUUUAAGAAAGCAUUAAUGAGUAAAUCGGGCUAAUCUGCAGAGUAUCCAGCUACUUAUUUGUAUCACUGCAUAUCUGGCAUUUGACUCAUUUAGCUCUUCAAAGCCACCGACGACGUACUCACCUACACGCGAUAUACUCGCGUUCCAAUGUCACGUACGAGGUUUUUUUCGUCAAUCUUUAUCUCACAGUUAACCCUUUACACCACGACAUCAGUAUGCAUAUUCUCUAUACAGUUACCUAAACAUUCCUUGAGGUACUGACAUGGAGAAUUUGUCUAACAAUCGAGAUUUCUUUAGUUUGUGAUCAUUUCUUUAAUUCUCGUGACCUCAAUGCUUGAUCAGAUCUGAUAUCGUUGGGAGAAAUUCGAUGCUACUCAUUCUUAGGGGUUAAAGGGUUUAUGAGCACUUACAGCUAUGGUGGCUCAGUUUACGAAGUCACACAUUAUCACGUUUAAAUCUGCACAACUUAAGUUUCUUCAAUUGAAAAGUAAGAUCUCGGUUACCGGGCAAGAAAUUUACCCUUACUAAGGAACACUCCAGCUUCGUUCAUGCAGUUUAUAAAUCUAUUAAAAUUCCCCAUGCCUGACCGCCAUUGCCCGCAUUAGGUGUACGAAAAUUUACAAAUUAAACAGGCGACCUUUCAAUCCAUCAAAACAAAUACCAUGCAACAUUUGUCGUCGGGCUUUCAUCGCCAUUUGAUGAUAACUGAUUUUUUUUUGCCAUACAUAAUUUAUUUUGUUCAUACCAUAUUUCUCUUCAACAACAAACAGCAACAUAUUUUCCAUUCAAACAACUUUAUUCCUUAAUGUCACGUGUAAAGGUGGAAAGCAGAAGGUGAAAAAGGGAUAUAAAUUGCAAUAACCGCCUUCUCAUUCCCAUGCUCUUGAAAUUUAAACACGCACCCUCCAUCAACACAGGCUUGCCCCACAAAAAACCAGGCGUAAAUAUGUCUGGAGAAGCAAAGCUUGACUUAAAGUCUAACUCAAAAGCCUAAAUUCUUCUCUCUCCUGUUCACUGUUUUGGACACACGUCUGCCAACCUUUCCUCGAAAAAGAUGAACCUUAGGCUGAAACUUGACUUUAUUCCUAGCUUUAACCCCCCACUUCUCCUCCUCCCCUUCCCCCUAGCCAGCCCAGCUGGAAACCCAUUGGCUAUUUCUGGACACGUUUUGGAAAUUUCAAGCAGGACUAUCUAUCAAUCGCGAUUUUCGAAUACAAUGAUUUAACGAAAAGUUUUGUAAAACGUGGCUUGCUAUACAAUGCUUUCGAACCGGGAAUUUAGUUUUCAAGUUGCAUUUGCUAUGUUACUUUUGGAAAACGGUAAUACGAAUCUGUUAUUCCAGUUGUAUAACUUCAAAGGAAUUUCGUUUUAUUGGCUCCUUCUGUUUUGCAUGCGGUUCGCCUUGACUUUUUCGUGAGAUUAUUGCUAUAAAGUUAUUCAAUUUACAAAUACACAAUAAUUCCCAACUCAUAAUAUGAUAUACUUAUAUAAUAUACAAAUACCUAUAGAAAGUUUCUUGAUAUUCCAAAGGUAUACGUGAAGGAAGAUGUCCGCCAAUAAGGAGGCGAACUGACUGCCCGGCCUUCGUAUGGGACGAGUGUACCUGCGACUCUGACUGCUCUGGGAAGCAAAAGUGCUGUCUUGACGGAUGCAAGUAUGCAUGUCUUGAUCCAGGUAACCAACCAUUAACUUAAACCAGGUGUGAUAAGCAUGUAACUUCUCACAACAAUAUUGAUUCCCUAUUGAAGAAAUAAGAAAAUAGGUAUAGAUAAACUAAUCAACUUGAAAUUGCAAUUUGGAUAUCAUUCUUUUGGAGGGCUCAUCUUCUACAAAAGGAAAAUGUGGCUCAUCAGUGACAAAAGUUGCUGUGGCGGAAAGAAUGAAUCGAUUGGGCUUGAGGUACACUGAAAAUAUACUAAGAGAUCUGACUGCCGAAUCAAAAUAAAGUUUGUUUCUCGUUCGCCAGAAUGGUCAGAUCGAGGUUGACAGGGCUUAUUAGGAAUCACCAGCCAUCAAGUGAGCUGUCGAUCCAUUGAUUGUCACGGAAGGGUGACUUACCCUUAAAAAUGGUGGCGUUUAUCCAAAGGGGAGAAUUAAGGUUAUAUCCUUAGCCAAAAUACCAAGCAAUUGUCAUUUUAACGAUUAUUUGGACACGCAGCGAUAGAAAUAAAAUAUUUUCCCUCGCUGAACGCAGGGGAUCUGUUGAAAUAAGUGAACAAUCCAAUUCUAAAUUUUCGUGGCAGAGCUGAAUAACAUUUAAGCACGUCGCAAAUAUGCUAAUGAAUCCACAGUAACAUAACUAUGAAUGGUGUUAAUUCAAAAAUAAUAAUAAUAAUAAAUAAUAAUAAAGAUAAUAAUAAAUAAUAAUCAUGAUAAUAAUAAUAAUAAUGCCUUAAUAUCGUUCAUCUGAUGAUACCUCAAACUCAAACAGACCGUUAUCGCGAAGGGCCGCUUAGCACACAAUAAGAAAACCGUUUUUCUGAAUCACCUUUUUCCUUAGGCUUAGAAUGUAAACGCCGAUAAUUUGUUGUUUGUCAUACAUUUAUGGAUCCUUUCUGGAAGUGAAAGGUUCAGCAAUUUUCUCUUUAUUAUGAACCUGUUUUUUAGCCAAGGUUAGCAAGUUUUUCGUUUUUCAUAUCGGUAAGCUGACCUUCAUUUUCAUAUUGCUUUGCUUCAUUUCAUGGAAAGACGAAGGAACGCCUUCUGUCAGAAAUAAAGCCGAUGUAGUGUUCAUAAUGGACUCGUCAGGAAGCAUCGGACCUGAUGACUACAAUCGCGAAAAACAGUUCGUCAAAGAUCUCACGAAUGUGUUUCAAGUCUCUCCUACUGAGGCCAGAAUCAGUACCAUCAUAUACAGCGACGACCCAAAACUCAUCUUCGAUUUUGACACAUUCAACGAUAAGCAAAGUAUCAACACUGCUAUAGAUGACCUGGAGUAUUUAGGAAACAGGACGCGGAUCGACAAAGCACUGGCAAUGGCCAUGGAGGUGUUUUCAAAAUCUCGUCCAGCUGUGCCCAGAAUUGCAUUUGUCCUCACCGAUGGAAAGCAGACUGACGACUAUGAUGCGAAACCGCUGGACAUAGCUGUCCGACCGCUUCAUGACUUAGGCGUUCACGUUUACGUCAUAGGGAUUGGCACUUACGUCGACCCUGAAGAACUCAGACUCCUAGCAAGAAGACAAGAAGAUGUAUUCACCGUGGAUUCUUUUGAACUACUACUCCAACAGACAUAUCGUAUUGUUAAUCGAAUAGACACCUACGGUGAGUUUGCUUCAUUUUACGUUUUAAUUUAUUCAUUUGUUUUCUCGGUGAGGUAGGUUAAAAAACAAAUAUUCAUUUGUUCUAAUAAGCUCUCGUUGAAAUUAUAUACGUCUGGGGCUUUCAAAGGGAAAGGGACUUAUCUGAACGUGAAAUUCGAUUCGUUAUCUUCCUCUGAACUGCAGGCGAUAUUUAUGAAAUAGCACAUGCAUAAAAUGCGUCUCGCUUGUUUUAAGAAAAAUUCAAUUUCUACAACGGAAUAUUUAUUUUUGCGGAGGAAACGCAAAAAAGAUUUAUUGCCGCAAUUUUAUUUCUUUUUAUAGCAUUUUGGCUUUUAAUUUUCGAAUAACAUCCUACGGUCUGUCUUACAAUCAGUCGAAUAUGGCCUGGCUGAAAGUCGAGAAAGACUCCAAGCCAAACCAUUAAAUAAAAAAGAUCCGAUGAAAUUGAAAUUAUGUUGCUUUUAAAAUCAAGUCUAAAAAAUAGAAUAAAACCAAGGUUUGGAACAUGCAGCAUUUUUCGGCUCCACUUUCUGUUCGUGUUUUGCCCCGUUCUACAAAGCAAUACCGUGACAUAUUUUGUCCAUUCCGUUGCUAUAAACUGGCUUAAUAAUGAAAUGAUCAUAAGUUGUUAUUUGGGGAGUUCCAUGAUGUGCUAUUAUAUAUGCUCGCCACUUUGAAGAUUCCCUCUUUAAAUUCAAUGGUUUACCAACAUAAGGUCCUAAAUUUUGUUAUUUGUUUUUCUCAGAUGCAAUUCCACCAUUGGAGAUCACAGCCGAUAUAAUGUUCCUAGUAGAUUCAUCUUCAGCUAUCCCUAGAGCAACGUAUGGAGACCAAUUAAACUUUCUGCAAACAAUUGUAAACCAAUUCAGAAUAUCACCUCGUUAUGUUCGAGCGAGUGUCAUCUCGUACGGAAAUACUGCACGGCUGUCCAUACCAUUCGGGACGCGUACAACUAACGCAGCAAUGAAUCGGUCCAUCGACUCACUCCCUUACGUUGGAGGCCAGAAACGAAUCGAUAGAGCACUAUGGCUGGCUAACCAAACGUUUUUGCAAGCCAGACGUUUGGUACCCAAGAUUCUGCUUAUUCUAACCCAUGGUGGACAACUGGCGGAUGUUGGCACCAACUUACGGCUCCCUGUCAAGGCUCUUCGUGACCAAGGAGUCAGUAUCUUUGCAAUCGCCAUUGGUGAUGGGGUGGAUUAUUCAACGUUAAACUACAUUGUUGAAAAUGAUAAUCUCAUCGUUGACAAGUCUUAUAAGAGCUUGGAGCCAUACCUUCCACCGGCAGCUAGUUACAUCAGAGUGAAAUCAGGUGAGGUUGAAAAAUGCUGUAAGUCAGUUAAUUGCCACCGCUUCGUUUGUACGAAAUAAAUAGGAUUUUUAAAUCUUAUGACGCCUGGUAGCAAUGGUUACUUGAUAUAACGGGAAUUGAAUGAACAGUUUUAAUUCUUGGAAAAUCAGGAUUAGUCAGCGAGAUUAAUCAAAUCCUAAAACUGACGGGCUUUUCAUUGACCCAAAAUAGGUUUUUUUUCCUCCCGUAAUAACGGGGAAUUAAGUUCGAAAUGUAAAUUUGUGCUUUGUGAUUUUCCUUCCUUAUCGCUGACAAAAGAUCUCAAUGAACCUCUUACUUAGAGUCAAUCACGUCCCUUAUAACCAUUUUCCAAUAAUUUUAUUUAGAUUUCUCAACUCCGUUGAGUAAAGAUGCUGCCGUUGUCUUCCUUGUGGACACUUCUGAAGAAGUAGAAACGAUGGAUUUCAAGCGACAAAGAGAGUUUGUCAUUUCCUUAGCGAAGGCUUUCGAGAUUUCUGCAGAAGGGGUGCGCGCAAGUGUGAUAACAUACGGCAAGUACAGUCGUCCAACCGUGCAAUUCAAGGACUCUUCGGAUGUCGACAAAUUUAUAAAUGCAAUGAUCAGAACCAGUCAAAUAAAAGGACGUCGAAUGAUAAACCAGGCCUUGUUGAUGGCAGCCCGCAUGUUCCGCCAUCAUGACGAGGUAGCACCGAGGGCGGUGAUACUAUUCACAUCAGGCCCUCAUGCGGGUACACUUGACCAAUUGAAAAGCGCCAGCAAAAGUGUUACGGACUUAGGUGCGCUAAUAUACGUUGUUGCCAUUGGUCCCUCAGUGGCCAACAGCCAAAUCGAGGAACUGGUGAGCAGUUCUGAUGACAUCAAAAAGUUACCUUCGUUCAUGGAUUUGCAGUCUGAAAUCCAUUAUGUUGGGAGAUACGUGAGCCUACAACAAGGUUAGAGACAUAAGUUAUCUUAGGAGUCAGAUGGGCGAGACACGAUAUUUUAUUACCGCAAAAUCUCCAUGAAGAUGUUGUCGCUAUUGAGUGGACUGGUGCUUAACAACCGACCUAUUAUGAUGACCUAGGGAAAUUUAGUAUAUAUAAAAUCGAUGACCGUUUUCUCAGUAUAACGUCUAGGAAAAUUAUUCUGUUUUCAAUCUAAGCAUCUUAUGUAAUCCCCUUUUUCACCUAAAAGGUAUCUCCACUUGUAAUUAAAAAUAUUUCCCUAUCCCAUCACAAUACCAUAUUCAUCUUUUUUAUUGCGUGUACUGACUUCAAAGAGUAAGAAAUGAGAAACAGUUAAUAUUAACCUCGACUCCCAAGAACAGGUUUCACUUACAACCCGCAAAAACAGUUAGAGAAGUAGGAUUUUUAAGAUACUCCUAAAGUACAUGUUUAAGGAGAAAUGUACUUCUCUUGUGGCAUUCAGUCAUGUAAUUCUCCCUGAAGAACUUCUAAAAGCCACCCUGCCAACUUAAAAAACCAAAGAAUUUAUCAUUUGUGAACAAACUAUGUGUCAACUGAACCUGGAUAACCUCGUUUUUCUUAUUAAGUUCCAGGACCUGGUUUUAUAGCAGAUGUCGUUUUCCUAAUUGAUGCGUCCUUUAGUGUGGGCGUCGUAAACUUCCGCAGGCAAAAAGACUUUGUUAAAGCGGUAGCCCAGGCCUUGAACUUUGGAGAACAAGCCACGAGGGCCAGUUUAGUAGUAUACAGUAGCACAACGACGCAGGUUACGGACUUCAAUAGCCACAGGACACUGGGAAGGUUUAACGCCGCAGUGGACGGGGCGCCCUAUUUGCGCCGUGGGCGGCGGGUCGACACAGCAUUGACAAAUGCAGCUCGGCUGCUUUCCAGGGCACGACCGGGUAUUCCCAGGGUAACAGUUCUCAUUACCUCCGGGAGGCGAGAUGUAGGCACCCCACUCAAAGACAUAAGUAGACAACUGGAACUUGUCGGGGCGAAGUCAUUUGUGGUUACCAUUGGUGCUCUGCCAGAUUUAAGGGACUAUUUGGUUCUUAGCAAGCAAGAAGACAUCUUAAGACUACAGUCAUUCGUCGAUCUUCCCAGAAAACAGAAGUCGUUUUCGCAACAUAUAAUUUCUUCCUUCGGUGAGCGAUCAAGUUCAUUAUAUUUAAUCAUAACUCACAAUAUGAGUGGUUUAAGAAUUGUUUUGUUGAACAAAUUUCUGUAAAUUAAGAAAAGAGUGAUUUCCUUUAUUUAUUUUUAUUCUUGAAUUGAUUACUUUGACUCGAGCUUGGGAAACGAAAUCCUUAUUGAAGUUUAGCUCUGUGCAGCUUCAUCGAAUUUCAAAAGAGUUGGAGAAACGUUGUAACGACGUUGGGUAAAGAGAUCAAAAGAUCCAAACAGAAAUAA